CAUAUUUUAUUUUAAAUAUCUCGAACAAUAAAGGUAUAUAAACGCAACCUUUUUCAUUCUCUUCACUUCAUCAUCAUGCUUCUAACGUACUUGUUGAUGUUGGUGGUAGUAGGGGGUUCAAGAGAAACCCUUGCUGAUUGUUUAGGAAAUCUUGGCGUAAGUGUUACUUAACUAUAACAAAAAUUGAAUUGUAAAAAUUUUUUAUUAGGCAACAUCAAGUUGUGUGGUUUUCGAUAAUUUGCGUUUAAAAACGUUUGAUGGAAAGGUCUUUGGUUAUAGUACAACAUGUGGUUAUUCCCUUUAUAAAUCCAAUAACAUCGAAAUUACUCAUCUAGAUCCAACAACUAUAACAAUUAAAAAUGGUUUACAUAUCUAUCAAUUAAAAGCUACAGGUGCUAGAAUGGAGCUUAUGAGAGAUGAAAAGGUACAAACAAUCCCUCAUUCAUCUUUUGGAGUUUCGGUUUCAAAACCUGGCCAAAAAUACAUCGUAAAUAUUAAAGAUGCUGGUGUAACUGUACGAUUUGAUGGACAGUCUAUUGAAACAAUCGUAAAUAAUGAUGGUAACCAGGGUAAUAUUGCAGGGCUGUGUUGCAGUGAUGCUCCUAAUGAUCGAUGUCUUCAGAAAUAUGAUGAAACUGCCGCUUGUGGUGGAGAUUCUCGAUUAAAGUUGCAAGCACAAAAUUAUUGCAAGAAUUUAUUUAACAAUCAAAAUUUCGCCAAAUGUGGAGCUUACUCUGGAUUGUUUAUGGAUAGUUGUAUAUCCGAUUUUUGCGAUUGCAAAUUAGCAAAACGCAACGAUUGUAUGUGCGGAAUGUUGGAUGCUUUUGCUAGAACUUGUCAAAAUAAUAUUAAAGAAAGUAUAUCUUGGAGAAGUGAUGCUUUAUGCCCGAUUCGAUGUAACAACGCCGAACAAGAAUUUUUGUCUUGCGCCCCAAAUAAAGCCCAACUUUCAUGUGGAGAAGAAGAAGUCGAUACAACUAAUUUAAGUUGUGAGGAAGGAUGUUAUUGUCCUAAUGGUUUACGUUUAUUCGGAGAUAAAUGUUACAUUCAAGAAGAAUGUCCUUGUACUUACAACGACAACGUUUAUAAUACUGGAUUAUCAAUCACCCAAGAUUGUAAUACGUGUGUUUGUAAAAUGGGAAAAUGGAGUUGCACAAAUAAACAAUGUUACGUUGAUGGAAAAUGCUCUGGAGAUCCUCAUUACAGAACGUUUGAUGGAAAGGCGUUUGAUUUUAUGGGAAAAUGUAGUUACUAUGUGGUUCGUGGAACCGGAUUUGAUGUGAUAUGCGAUCAUUACCUUUGGAAAGGUUUUCUAGUGAAAGAUUUCCAAUCAACUUUACCAUCAUUUUGCGCUAAAGUAAUCGUUCAAGUAAAAGAGGAUAGGAUAGACCUUGGUCAAAAGCAUGACAUUCAAGUAAAUUCCAACAAACUUAAUUGGUUCCCAUUCAAUUCCCCCUCAUUUUUCAUCACCAAACCAAGUAAUUUACUCACAACAGUUACACUACAAAAUUCUGUAAUCGUCGAAUGGAACGGAGCAUCAGCUCUCACCGUUAAAAUCCCAACAUCCAUGAAAGGAAGAGUUAAAGGAUUAUUUGGAACAUACACCAAAAAUCAAACCGACGACUUCUUAAUGCCUAACGGAGAAUUUGCCAAAGAUCCCACAACGUUUGGAAAUUCUUGGAAAGUUCCUGGUAGCUGCGAAAACGAAUCUUUAGAACCAGUACCUCAUCCUUGUAUACGUAAUCCCGCCAAGAAAGCUAAAGCCGAGCAAAGUUGUGCUUUAUUAAAGAGUCUAUUCGAUAAAUCAAUCGAUUUUACUGAGGAAUAUGAAAAUUGUUUAUACGAUGCUUGUUUAUGCCCGGACGAACAAAAAGAUUGUGUUUGCGAAUGUUACGCCGAACAAGCCGCGAAAAGUGCAGCUAAUGGAGUUUUGGUCGACUGGAGAAGUAAAGUUCCUGGAUGUGAAAUUAAAUGCCCAGCUGGGCAAACUUAUCAAAUCUGCGCUAACUCUUGCACUAGCAGUUGUGAAGACAUCAUCCAUAAUCCUAAAUGUCAAAAGAAAUGCGUAGAAGGAUGUAAUUGUCCCGAAGGAACUUCAUUGAACAGUUAUGGAAAAUGUGUUCCAUUUAACGAGUGUAACUGCGUCUACAUCGAUGCAAGAUUUGCUCAAGACUUUACGUUCAUCCAUGAAGAAAACAAACGGAUUUGUGUUAACGCCACUUGGGAUGUGAACAACGCAACUGAUGAUGAUAAAAAGAAAUAUCCAAAUUGGGACGAUUUACAACAAAAUUGUAACGCCGAUUUAUACGAAUCUUACACUGGUUGUAUGAGUGCCAACAGAGUAACUUGUAGAAACAAACAUCUUAAUGAGCAACCAUUGUAUGGAAAAUGCGAAAGUGGAUGUCAAUGUAUGAAUGGUUUUGUUUAUGAUGAAGAAGAUAGUGUUUGUGUUAGACCAGAAGACUGUCCUUGCGAGCACAAUGGUGUUAGUUUCUUAGAAAAUGACGUUAGGGCUGAUCGAAAUGAAAAAUGUACUUGUAAGGAUCGUUUUUGGGAAUGUACUCAAGAAAACGAUCGUUGGGAAAAAUGUACCGCGUGGGGUAAUACUCACAUCCGUACUUUCGACGAGCUGUUUUAUUCAUUCAAAGGAAUUUGCGAGUAUACUUUAUUAGAAGAUUCUGAUAAUUUCAGAGUUACCCUUAAGACGGAAAAAUGUAAUGUUGGUUCUUGUAUCAAACAAGCUUCUAUAUAUUACAAAGCUACAAACAAUAAGGAAGAAAAAAUCGUAUUUACAAAAGACGAGAAAUUCACAAUAAUUGGCGAACUCUCCAAUUUAGAAAUAACAGAUUCAAACGAAUCGGUUUUAGUUAAUGUGGUUAAUAUGGGUGUAAAAGUAAUCUGGGAUAAAACCGGGUUGGUUCACAUUCAUGUUUCUCAACAAUGGAAAUCUCGAAAGAACCACGGUGGAUUAUGUGGUAAAUUUGAUGAUAAUCCAAGUAAUGAUUUAUUAACACCAAACGCCAAUACUGGAGUGACACAUCUCGUUGAUUAUUAUACAGUUGAUAAAACAUGUUCUCAAUGCACUGAACAUACGAAUAUUGACAUAAUUCCACCUCAAAAAACUUGUGAUAUUCUAUACAGCGAAAUCUUUAAGACAUGCAAUAUUUUAACACCAUUCAAGGAAUAUUACAAAAGAUGCUUAAUCGAUACAAACCUGCAAUUUGCUCUACCAGAAAGUGAACGAUUUGAUCAUUUUUGUCAUUCAUUAUCAGCUUAUGCACAAGAAUGUAAAGAUUUAAAUAUUAUUGUAAAUUGGCGUACAGAGAAUAUUUGUCCGCUCAAACCAAAAUUGACUUGUACUUCUGAAGGAAAAGAAUACCAACCAGGAGCGUCUAUAACUCAAGAUUGCAACACAUGUACUUGUCAACAAGGGAAUUGGGCUUGUACAGAGAAAACAUGUUACGUUGAUGGAAAAUGCUCUGGAGAUCCUCAUUGUAAAACGUUUGAUGGAAAACCAUUCGAUUUUAUGGGAAAAUGUGCUUAUUAUUUGGUUCGUGGUGAAGGAUUUGAUGUUAUUUGUGAUCAUUAUAUUGUUUCUAAAGGCAUUUUUGUGAAAGAUUUCAAAUCAACUUUACCAUCGUAUUGCGCUAAAGUGAUUAUUAAAGCAAAGGGAGAAACGAUUGAGCUUGGUCAAAAACACCAGGUUAAAGUUAAUGACGAUAAUUUAAGCUGGUUCCCCUUCAAUUCCCAAUCAUUUUAUAUUUCCAAACCAAGUAAUUUAUUAACUCAAGUUACAUUAAGUAACUCUGUAAUUGUCCAAUGGAACGGCGUCGCUGCCAUAACAGUUAAAAUUCCAACUACAAUGAAAGGACAAGUUAAGGGAUUAUUGGGAACAUACAACAAAAAUAAUCAAGAUGAUUUCUUAAUGCCUAAUGAAAAACUUGCCAACACCGCAACAGAAUUUGGAAAUUCUUGGAAAGUACCUGGAAGUUGUGAAAACGAACAUUUAGAACCAGUACCUCAUCCAUGUUUAAACAAUCCAGAUAAAAAAGCGAAAGCUGAGCAAACUUGUGCUUUACUUAAAAGUGGAUUAUUUGAUGGGGCAAUAGAUUCAGAAGAGGAAUAUGAAAAUUGUCUUUAUGAUGCUUGUUCAUGUCCUGAUACACAAAAAGAUUGUGUUUGCGAAUUUUACGCCGCUCAAAGCGAAAAAUGCGCUGCAAAGGGAUUCAUUGUUGAUUGGCGUGCGAAGGUGCCUGGUUGCGAAAUUAAGUGCCCAGCUGGACAAAUUUAUCAAAACUGCGGAAAUCAUUGUUCCCGUAGCUGCGAAGCCAUCGCCACCACGAGAGUAUGUCCGACAAUCUGUAUAGAAGGGUGUUAUUGUCCCGCAGGACAAACUUUGGAUGAAUUUGGAAAAUGCGUUCAAAUCAAACAAUGCAAAUGUAUUUUUGAGGGCAAACCAUAUCCAGCAGAUUUUACCUUUAUCUACAAAAAUUCUAAAUGGACCUGUCAAAAUGGUAAUUGGAUCACAACUAUUGUACCUCCUGAUGACAAAACACCAUCAUUACCAGAUUUGCAGAAAAAAUGUGACGCUAAUCGAUUCGAGGAAUAUUGUGGUUGUACGCGUACCAAUCCAUUAACUUGUCAAAACAAGCAUUUUAACGCGCAACCGCUCUAUGGAAAAUGUAAAGCUGGGUGUCAAUGUAUGAAUGGUUAUGUUUAUGAUACAGUAAAUGAGAAAUGUGUUAAACCAGAAAGCUGCCCAUGUAAUUACAACGGUAUUAGUUACUUUGAAAAUGCUGUUAACAUCCAGAAGAACGAAAAAUGCACUUGUAAAGGUGGAAACUGGGAAUGUAUCCCAAACACCGAUCGUUGGGAAAAAUGUAGCAUUUGGAGUAACACCCACAUUCGAACGUUUGAUGAAUUGAUUUAUUCGUUCUCAGGAAUUUGUGAGUACGUUUUAUUGGAAGAUAACGACAUAAACGGAUUAUUUAGAGUUACAUUAAAGAACGAAAAAUGUAAAGCCGGUGCUUGCAUUAAACAAGUUUCUGUUCUCUAUAAAGAUGUAAAUAACGUCGAAGAAAAAAUCAUUUUCACAAACGGAAAAAACUAUGCAAUUAUUGGAAAACUAUCUAAUUUGGUGAUAACAGAAUCUGAUUUAUCAGUUUCGGUUAAUGUGGUUAAAUUGGGCGUAAAAGUAAUCUGGGAUAAAAGCGGAUGGGCUCAUAUUCAUGUUUCUCAAGAAUGGAAAUCUCGAAAGAAUCAUGGUGGAUUAUGUGGUAAAUACGAUGAUAAUCCAAAUAAUGAUUUAUUAACCCCCAACAACGAUUUUGGAGUUACACAUCUUGUUGAUUACUACAGAGUUGAUAAUUCGUGCUCUAAAUGUACUGAGCACCAGGAUCCUGGCUUAAUACCCCCUCAAAAUACUUGCGACAUUCUUUUCAAUGGCAUCUUUAAGACCUGUGCUAGUUUAAAACCAUUUAAGGAAUAUUAUAAAAGAUGUUUAAUUGAUGUUAACUUAGAACAUUUAUUACCUAAAACUCAACAACAAAAUCAUUUUUGUCAAUCGUUAGCAGCUUAUGAACAAGAAUGUAUUGAUUUAAAUCUGUUUAUAAAUUGGCGUACAAAGGAUAUUUGUCCGAUCAAAUCGUCUUUGUCCUGUAUUUAUAAUGAUAAAGAGUACACACAAGGGGAAUCUAUAAAUAAAGAUUGCAACAAGUGUACUUGUCAAAAGGGAAAAUGGGCUUGUACAGAGAAAACGUGUUACGUUGAUGGAAAAUGUUCCGGAGAUCCUCAUUGUAAAACGUUCGAUGGAAAACCGUUCGAUUUUAUGGGAAAAUGCGCAUAUUAUUUAGUUCGAGGUGAUGGAUUUGAUGUUAUAUGUGAUCAUUAUGUUGUUUCUAAAGGCACUUUUGUGAAAGAUUUCAAAUCAACUUUACCAUCGUAUUGCGCCAAAGUGAUUAUUAAAGAAAAUGGGGAAACGAUUGAGCUUGGACAAAAACAUCGAGUUAAAGUUAACGAUGACAAUUUAAGCUGGUUUCCAUUCAAGGCCCAAUCAGGAUUUUAUAUCUCCAAACCAAGCAAUUUAUUAACUCAAGUUACAUUAAGUAACUCUGUAAUUGUCCAAUGGAACGGCGUCGCUGCCAUAACAGUUAAAAUUCCAACUACAAUGAAAGGACAAGUUAAGGGAUUAUUGGGAACGUACAACAUAAAUAAACAAGAUGAUUUCUUAAUGCCUAAUGAAGAACUUGCCAAGACUGCAACACAAUUUGGAAAUUCUUGGAAAGUACCUGGAAGUUGUGAAAACGAACAUGUAGAUCCAGUACCUCAUCCAUGUUUAAGCAAUCCAGCUAAAAAAGCGAACGCUGAGCAAGCUUGUGCUUUACUUAAAAGUGGAUUAUUUGAUGGUGCUAUAGAUUCAGAAGAGGAAUACGAAAAUUGUCUUUAUGAUGCUUGUUCAUGUCCUGAUACACAAAAAGAUUGUGUUUGCGAAUUUUACGCCGCUCAAAGCGAAAAAUGCGCUGCAAAAGGAUUCAUUGUUGAUUGGCGUGCGAAGGUGCCUGGUUGCGAAAUUAAGUGCCCAACUGGACAAACUUAUCAAAACUGCGGAAAUCAAUGUUUCCGUAGCUGCGAAUCCAUCGCUACCACGAGAAUAUGCCCGAGAAUCUGUACUGAAGGUUGUUAUUGUCCCGUAGGACAAACUUUAGACGAAUUUGGAAAAUGCGUUCAAAUCAAACAAUGCAAAUGUAUUUUUGAGGGCAAACCAUAUCCACCAGAUUUCACCUUUAUCUAUAAAAAAUCUAAAUGGACCUGUCAAAAUGGUAAUUGGAACACAACUAUUGUACCUCCUGGUAACACAACACCAUCAUUACCAGAUUUGCAAAAAAAAUGUGACGCUAACCGUUUCGAAGAAUAUAGUGGUUGUACACGUACCAAUCGUUUGACUUGUCAAAACAAGCAUAUUAACGAACAACCUUUGUAUGGAAAAUGUAAAUCUGGUUGUCAAUGUAUGAAUGGUUACGUUUAUGAUACAGUAAAUAAGAAAUGUGUUAAACCAGAAAGCUGUCCAUGUAAUUACAACGGUAUUAGUUACUUAGAAAAUGCUGUAAAAAUUCAGAAAAACGAAAAAUGCACUUGUAAAGGUGGAAACUGGGAAUGUAUUGAAAACACAGAUCAUUGGGAAAAAUGUAGCGUUUGGAGUAACACCCACAUUCGAACGUUUGAUGAAUUGAUUUAUUCGUUCUCAGGGAUUUGUGAGUACGUUUUAUUGGAAGAUAACGACAUAAACGGAUUAUUUAGAGUUACAUUAAAGAACGAAAAAUGUAACGCCGGUGCUUGCAUUAAACAAGUUUCUGUUUUCUAUAAAGAUGUAAAUAACGUCGAAGAAAAAAUCAUUUUCACAAACGGAGAGAAUUAUGCAAUUAUUGGAAAACUAUCUAAUUUUUUGAUAGCAGAAUCUGAUUUAUCAGUUUCAGUUAAUGUGGUUAAACUGGGCGUAAAAGUAAUCUGGGAUAAAAGCGGAUGGGUUCAUAUUCAUGUUUCUCAAGAAUGGAAAUCUCGAAAGAAUCAUGGUGGAUUAUGUGGUAAAUACGAUGAUAAUGCAAAGAAUGAUUUAUUAACCCCUAACAACGAUUUUGGAGUUACACACCUUGUUGAUUAUUACAGAGUUGAUAAUUCGUGCUCUAAAUGUACUGAGCACCAGGAUCCUGGUUUAAUACCCCCUCAAAAUACUUGCGAUAUUCUUUUCAAUGGCAUCUUUAAGACUUGUGCUAGUUUAAAACCGUUUAAGGAAUAUUAUAAAAGAUGUUUAAUUGAUGUUAACUUAGAACAUUUAUUACCUAAAACUGAACAACAAAAUCGUUUUUGCCAAUCGUUAGCAGCUUAUGAGCAAGAAUGUAUUGAUUUAAAUCUGUCUAUAAAUUGGCGUACUAAGAAUAUUUGUCCGAUCAAAUCGUCUUUGUCCUGUAUUUAUAAAGAUAAAGAGUACACACAAGGAGAAUCUAUAAAUGAAGAUUGUAACAAGUGUACUUGUCAAAAGGGAAAAUGGGCUUGUACAGAGAAAACGUGUUACGUUGAUGGAAAAUGUUCCGGAGAUCCUCAUUGUAAAACGUUUGAUGGAAAACCGUUCGAUUUUAUGGGAAAAUGCGCAUAUUAUUUAGUUCGAGGUGAUGGAUUUGAUGUUAUAUGUGAUCAUUAUGUUGUUUCUAAGGGCGCUUUUGUGAAAGAUUUCAAAUCAACUUUACCAUCGUAUUGCGCCAAAGUGAUUAUUAAAGAAAAUGGGGAAACGAUUGAGCUUGGACAAAAACAUCGAGUUAAAGUUAACGAUGACAAUUUAAGCUGGUUUCCAUUCAAGGCCCAAUCAGGAUUUUAUAUCUCCAAACCAAGCAAUUUAUUAACUCAAGUUACAUUAAGUAACUCUGUAAUUGUCCAAUGGAACGGUGCCUCUACUGUAACAGUUAAAAUUCCAACUACAAUGAAAGGACAAGUGAAGGGAUUAUUGGGAACAUACAACAAAAAUAAAGAAGACGAUUUCUUAAUGCCUAACAAAAAAGUUGCCACGACCGCAACACAAUUUGGAAAUUCUUGGAAAGUACCUGGAAGUUGUGAAAACGAACAUAUAGAACCAACACCUCAUCCAUGCUUAAACAAUCCAGCUAAAAGAGCGAAAGCUGAGCAAGCUUGUGCUUUACUUAAAAGUGGAUUAUUUGAAGCUGCAAUAGAUUCAGCUGAGGAGUACGAAAAUUGUCUUUAUGAUGCUUGCUUAUGUCCUGAUACCCAAAAAGAUUGUGUUUGCGAAUUUUACGCCGCUCAAAGCGAAAAAUGCGCUGCAAAGGGAUUCAUUGUUGAUUGGCGUGCGAAGGUGCCUGGUUGCGAAAUUAAGUGCCCAGCUGGACAAACUUAUCAAAACUGCGGAAAUCAAUGUUUCCGUAGCUGCGACGCCAUCGCUACCACGAGAAUAUGCCCGAAAAUCUGUACUGAAGGUUGUUAUUGUCCCGUAGGAGAAACUUUAGACGAAUUUAGAAAAUGCGUUCCAAUCACACAAUGCAAAUGUAUUUUUGAGGGCAAACCAUAUCCUCCAGAUUUCACCUUUAUCUACAAAAAAUCGAAAUGGACUUGUCAAAAUGGUAAAUGGACUACAACCCUUGUUCCUAAUGAUGAUUCAACAACACCAUCAUUACCAGAUUUGCAGAAAAAAUGUGACGCUAAUCGUUUCGAGGAAUAUAGUGGUUGUACGCCUACCAAUCGAUUAUCUUGUAAAAACAAGCAUCUUAACCCACAACCAUUGUAUGGAAAAUGCAAAGGCGGUUGUCAAUGUAUGAAUGGUUAUGUUUAUGAUACAGAAAAUAAGAAAUGCGUUAAACCAGAACGUUGUCCAUGUAAUUACAACGGUAUAAGUUACUCAGAAAAUGAUGUAAAAAUUCACAAAAACGAAAAAUGCACUUGUAAAGGUGGAAAUUGGAAAUGUACUGAAAACACCAAUCAUUGGGAAAAAUGUACCGUUUGGAGUAACACCCACAUUCGAACAUUCGAUGAAUUAUUUUACUCAUUCUCAGGAGUUUGUGAGUACGUCUUGUUGGAAGAUAACGACAUAAACGGAUUGUUUAGAGUUACAUUAAAGACGGAAAAAUGUAAUGUUGGUGGUUGUAUUAGCCAAGUUUCUGUAUUGUAUAAAGAUAUAAGCAACAAAAUUGAAAAGAUCACAUUCUCAAAGGGAACUAAAUUUGUAAUUGAAGGAGAAUUGAAUCGUUUAUCAAUAAAAGAUAUGGAUUUAUCAAUUAUUGUAAAUGUUGCUGGUUUAGGUGCUAAAGUUGUUUGGAAUAAGGCCGGUUGGGUGCACAUUCAUGUUUCACAACUCUGGAAGUCGCAAAAGAAUCAUGGUGGAUUGUGUGGUAAAUACGAUGACAAUCCAAAGAAUGAUUUAUUAACCCCUGACAACAAAUUUGGAAUUACUCAUCUUGUUAAUUACUACAGAAUUGAUAAAUCAUGCUUGGAAUGUAAUGAACAUACCAAUAUUGAUAUAAUACCACCCAAAAAAACUUGUGAUAUUCUCUACAACAACAUCUUCAAAACUUGUGGUACAUUAAAACCAAUAAAAGAAUAUUACCAAAGAUGUUUAAUCGAUGCAAAUCUACAAAGUUUAUUGCCCGAAAAUGAACGAUUUAAUUAUUAUUGCCAAACUUUGUCGGCUUACGCCCAAGAAUGUAAUGAUAUUAAUUUACCAGUAAAUUGGCGUACAGAUGAUAUUUGCCCCCAAACUUGCGAACCUAAAAAACAAUAUUAUCCAUGUCAAACUUCUUGCCCAAACCGAACAUGUAAAGAUUCAAAAAAAAUUGUAUGCAAUAACAAAUUAUGUAGCGAAACUUGUUCUGUAAGUUGUCCUGCAAAUAUGAUAUUUAAGGAUGAAAAAUAUGAUCAAUGUGUGAAGGAAGAAGAAUGUAACGAAGAUAAUGUUUGUACACAAAAUGUUGAUAUUGUCGUGGAUAAUGAGGAAAAUUGUGAUUCGACAAAGAUACGUUUAAAAGUUCACACUAAAAAGGGUGAUAGCAUUAUGCAAAGAUAUUUAGAUGUUAAUCAUUUCAAUGAAGAUUGAUUUAAUAUUAAUCAUAAAUAAAGUAAUUUACGAACAUUAA